AUGAACACUUUCAAAGGAAUAUCCUCAUCAAACUUUUGUACCAACAUUUCAAAUGAUACACCUUCAAUAAAUUUUCAUAUUCAACGAUUAUUAUACUCAUCAGAUCAUGAGAAUUUGUCUUCAAAUGAUGUGAAUAUGAAACGAAUGGCAGCGACCUCGACUGCCGACAUCACAACCACAAGCACCACUACAACAACAACCAAUGAGACAAUCAAAUAUCACUCUGAUAGCAAAUAUCAACCACUCGUAAAUAAUAAAGAACAAUCUGACCUAAGUUCAACUAUUACACAAUUGUUAAAUACAUAUAGUCCAGAGAAAUUAUCACUAUUUACAAAAUUAACACAAAAUCUUUACGAAAAUAAUCUUACAACAACUCCAUCGGAAUUAGAAUGUUUUCUAAAAGCAAAAUUAGACAUGACAAAAAGUGUUCAACAACACCCACAACAACAACAACAACACGAAGUUGAUGUGAAUAGUUUGAGAAAGAAAUUUUUAUUGGCUGAUGAACAAAAGCAUCUUCAUCUUCAUCAGCAUCAGCAACAGCAACAGAAUCAUGUUCCUAGUUAUCAUUAUCCUGAUCAGCAUGAUAAUUAUGGACAAGAAGAUUUGACAAUGAAAAAAACCAAUGAACACUAUGAAGAGAAUUUAACAAUGAUUAAAAAUUUAAUUAAAGAUUAUAUGAAUAAUCAGAAUGUUGUCACAAAAACAUUACAGGAUGAAUCGAAAUCGCCCAUAUUCUAUCCAACUAAUCAUGAGAAUAUUAAUCAUAAGAUUGAUAAUGAUACUACUAACUAUGCACAAAAAGUUUAUGAAUUUUUAACGAAUGAAUAUGCUGGAACGCAUAAUCUGUUACCGUUCAUGUUACAUAAUCCUGUGUCCGGCUAUUCUUCAAUACAAAUCUAUAAUAGAAAUACUACAAUCUCAUCGAAACAAUGUCGACGUCGUAAAGCACGUACGGUGUUUAGUGAUCAUCAAUUAAGUGGGUUAGAGCACCGGUUUGAAACACAACAUUAUUUAUCUACACCAGAACGUAUUGAAUUAGCUAAUCGAUUGAAUUUGUCAGAAACACAAGUGAAAACUUGGUUUCAAAAUCGACGUAUGAAACAUAAAAAGCUAAAACGUAAUAUACCCGAAUUACAUUUUACUCAAAAUAAUUCCUCAUCCAAAUGUCCAAGUUCUCUUGGAGAAAAUGAGGAUGGUGAUGAUGGUGAAGAUGAAAAUGAUGAUGAUGACGACGAGAAAUGUUCAAGUGUUGAAGACAAUGUCAAUAUUUCUUCUUCAACAUCUAACGGGAUUGUCUUGUCAUCAUCGUUAUCCUCCUCAUCGACAAUGAAUGAAAUUAUCGAUAUGACAUCAGAUGGUAGAAUUUCAAAAAAUCAAAACCAUCAUUAUGGUUUAAUUAUGGAAAUGAAAGAAGGCGAAGAAGAAUUUCGCAAUAAUUCCAGUCAAAAUCACAUGAAAAAUUGUAAUUUCCUCUCAGAAUUAUCUUCUCCAAUCGACAGAUCAUCAAUGACAUCAUCAACAACAACUACAUCUUUUUUUACAUCACCUACAGUAGUACCACUGUCGACAUCACUACCUUUCACAAAUUCAUACUAUCCACAUACUUCAACAACUAUAACAUCUAUAAUAAGUAGCAAUGAUAAUCAUCGACAGUGGACAAAUUUCACAGCACAACUUCGUAUGGAUGAAUUAAUUAAAAACUUUCUCAUAUAUGAUCAAAGUAAGAAAAACUAUUUUGAAUCUGCUCUUGAUUUUACUACUACUACUACGACGACGACCACGACGAGUACUGCUGUUGCUGCUGCCACUACUACUACGACUUACAUUCCUACUACUACUUACAAUGAUAACACUAAUCAUAAUUAUUAUUAUAACAAUCAUUGUGAUUCAAGUAAUUCAAGUCCGAAUGGCAAACAUACGCAUUACAAACCUUCCAUUAUUGCAUAUGAUAUGAAUUCUACAAAAUUCACUUGUACUAGAGAUUAUUCUACAAUGAAACAGAUCAAAUCCGACUGAUCCAAUUUGGUAUUCGUUCACUCUCGAUCUA